AUGCAGCUCCCCUCCAUCCUCCUCUUCCCCGCCACCGCCGCCGCUCUAGCCCUCCCCGAGCCCAUCCCCAAGCCCAACCCGGUCUCAUGCGACGAGACGUGCCCGAACCCCUGCCGCCAGGCCAACCGCAACACCUACUGCACGGGCGCCAAGAAGUCUACUAGUGGCGGUCCGUUGCCGGCGGCGUUCAAGAACCAGUGGAACUGUCCUGCGGGGAGCAGCAGUCCGCCGGCGAUGUAUAUCCAGAUGACGCAGAAUGGGGCUGCUGAGGGGGGUGUUACUGUUUUCUGUACUAUUUAG